ACACACACACACACACACACACACACACACACACACACACACACACAGACACACACACAGACACGCACGAGCGCGUGUGCACACACGCUCACACACCGGCGACUGCGGCUCUGUGAAAACGCCUUCUUCAUCCCGGACCAUCUCGUCUCAUAGCGGAACUGACCGGACGGUGGAGACCCGAGAGACCCGCUGCGUGUUACCGUCAGAGGUGAUGCUGUUUCCUGCCCGGACGGACCGGGUGACUCUGACAGACUCUAGGACCCUCCUAACGUCGGGAUCCUACUAACGUCGGGAGCACUCGCAUCACGUCUGGGACCGCCGCGGUCACCCUCCACGGUUCUCCCUUCUGCUGUUCUGGACAACAGACGGAGCCGGACCGUUAGUAGUACUGGUGGACUGACUGGUGUACUGGUGGACUGGUGGACUGACUGGUGGACUUGUGGACUGACUUGUGGACUGACCGGGUUGUCGGUAUCUCUGCAGCAUGCCGCCGACGGGGGCUCCUCGUCCCUGAUCAACACCGCCUCUCAUGGCUCCUCACUCCGCACCGUGACGGAGGGUGGAGGUAGAGGGUGGAGGUGGAGGGGAUCCCCGUGAAUAAUCUCCGCGUUAGUGGAGCUCUGGAUUUGUAAACUUUGAAGCGUCGCGAUGGGGAAGGAGCAGGAGCUGCUGGAAGCCGCCCGGACCGGGAACGUCGUGCUGGUGGAGAAACUGUUGACGGCGAAGAAGGGGAUCCUCGGGUCCGCCACUGGGUCCAUCCCCCUCCCCAGCCUGCUUAGCAUGUGGAAGGGCCUGAACGUGAACUGCACCGACAGUUCUGGGUACACACCACUACACCACGCCUCGCUCAACGGACACAGGGAGGUGGUGCUGAAGCUGCUGCAGUUCGAGGCCUCGUCCAACGUGGCCGACAGUAAGGGCUGCCUGCCGCUGCACCUGGCCGCCUGGCGCGGCGACGUGGACAUCGUCCGCAUCCUGCUCCAACACGGGCCCUCCCAGUGCCGCGUCAACCAGCAGAACCACGAGCGUGAGACGGCGCUCCACUGCGCGGCUCAGUACGGCCACGUGGAGGUGGUCUCCACCCUGCUGACGGAGCUCACCGACCCCACCAUGAGGAACAGCCGCCAGGAGACCCCCCUGGACCUGGCCGCUCUCUACGGCCGCCUACAGGUGGUGUGCAUGCUGGUGAGUGCCCACCCUAACCUGAUGACGUGUCACACGCGGCGCCAUACGCCGCUGCACCUGGCGGCGAGGAACGGCCACCAGGGGGCGGUGCUGACGCUGCUGGAGGCCGGCAUGGACCUCAACUGCCUGACGGAGAACGGCUCCGCCCUCCACGAGGCCGCUCUGUUCGGGAAGAUGGACGUGGUCCGCCUGCUGCUCGGCUCAGGAAUCGAUGCCAACCUGUGUGACUUCCAAGGAAGGACGGCCCUGGAGAUCCUGAGAGAGCAUCCGGCCCAGCAGUCCCAGCAGAUCACCGCGCUCAUACAGGAAUACCUGAUGGAGGAGGAGGAGCACCGCCAGUGUGUUUACCUGGACGAGCCAAUCAGGAGGUGCCCAGUCCCCGCCCCCCGCACCUCCGUCCCCUCCCCCUGUGCCUCGCCCUCGCUCAGACACAAGAGCGAGGCGGUGAGCGGCGACCUCUCCAAGCUCCUUCAGGACAUGCAGCGUUGCCGUGACUCCUCGUUCGAGGAGCUCUGUCAGACGGUCUCCUCCCACUCCAUGGACAGCUACUGCAGCGGCCGGCUGAGUGACGAGGAGCGGCCGGACCCCCAGCGGCUCAACGGCGGCCCCCAGCGGCCCAACGGCCCCCUGGGGCGGGCCAGCAUCAAGCGCGUCAGCCCCCCCCUUGCCCCCCCCCAUGAGGAAGAUGAGGAUGAAGAGCGAGGCUGUGGCCCUGUGGGAUUCUGGGAAGCUUUCACACCCUGCAACGGCUGUCGCAACCUGGGCUUCUCCAGCAUGUCCCAGGAGACCCAGGCUGAUCUCGUGGGCUCUCCCUCGCUGGAGGUCUUCUCCCCGGAGGACGAGGAGAAUCCCUACGAGCUGGUGACCUCGGUAACCUCUGCCGUCACACGUAAACCCAGCUCCCUGGACAUCAGCAGCUGCCAGACCGCUGCACACAACAACGGCCACUCGCCCCAGGUGACAGUGAAUGAUGGGGAAUUUGGUAACCAUGGGAACGGCUGCACGGGCCCCACUCCGGACUGCUCCCCCCCCUCUCCUGACACAGCGCUGAAAAACAUUGAGAGAGUCAUCCGCCCCCAGCCUAAACAGCGGACCUCCCUGUCCUCCGCCCAGGACCUCCAGCGCCCCGCGCCCCCCAGCUGUGAGCCCAGUGAGGUCAGCUCGUCGCUAGGCUACGCCAGCUUCAGCACCAGCCCCCCCGCCAGCCCCCCACUCUCCCCCAACCAGGAGGACUCGGCCGGCUCCAACGACGACUGCCAGCUCACAGACGACGGGCCGUACCAGCGGGACCCUCCUCACGCUCCCCUUCCUACUACCCCUGCUCCUCCUCCCGAGCCCUCCUCCUCCUCCUCCCCCUCCUCCCCCUCCUCCCUCCUCGUGGUGGAGGACCGCCGGAAGAGCCACAUCCCCGAGGAGUUUGCGGGCCUCCUGCACGGCUCGUCCCCGGCCUGCGAGGCCCCUGACACCCCCUACAAACUCUACUGCCCCCGGGGCAACACUGCUGCGCCCCCACAGACCCUGACUCAGACCAAGACCCUGAUCCCUGACACCCCCUACCACCCCCACCCCCCCAGGGGCCCGCAGUCCCCCACUGCCCCGCCCCAGAACAAGAGCCAGAGCCAGAAGGAGCUCUACUGCCAGCAGGUAGACCGGUCCUCCCUGGCCCCGCCCCACCAAGCCCCGCCCCACCAAGCCCCGCCCCACAAGACCCCGCCCCCCCAGACCCUCCCGACCCCUGGGGAGCAGCCCAAGCCGCAGGUGGUCUUCCGGACGGUCUUCCACACGCGGGUGAACCAGGCGCCGUCCCCCGAGACCCCCUGCUCGCCCCGGGGCUACAGCACCCUGGGACACCGGCCCGCCCGCUCCCCCCGCCACUCCGCCGCCGUCGCCGUGGCGCUGGGCCUCGACGGGGCGGGGGUCCCCGGCCUCGACGGGGCGGGGGGCCCGGAGCUGGCCGCCGCGUCGGGGGGCUACGAGGAGCGCGCCUGCACCCUGGACCGGAGGAGGUCGGCGCCCCGCAGCCUGCUGGACCUCCAGCUCUCCAAGUCCCUCUCCGACUCCAACAUCGUGGGCGUGUCGCCCAUACAGGAGGAGCUGAGCUGGGGAUCCGGAUCCCGGGGCCAGGGGCUUGGAGCCCCCGGCCAGGGGAUGGGUGCCAGCCCGGGGGGGCGGCUGGAGAGGACCCCCUCCUUCACUGCCGAGUGGGACGAGAUUGAUAAGAUCAUGAGUUCCAUCGGUGCGGGAAUCGGGAGCGGACUGAAUGCCAAGAAAGACCACACAGGACCCCGCUGCCCGCUGCAGUCUGUGGGCCAGUGGCUGGACUCCAUCGGCCUGGUCCAGUACGAGAACCACCUGCUGGCCAACGGCUUCGACAAUGUCCAGUUCAUGGGCAGCAACGUGGUGGAGGACCAGGACCUGCUGGAGAUCGGGAUCCUCAACUCGUCCCACAGACAGCGCCUCCUGCAGGCCAUCCGCCUUCUGCCCAGGGUGCGGCCGGUGGGCUACGACGGGAACAACCCCACCUCGGUGGCCGAGUGGCUGGAGUCGCUGGAGCUGGGCGACUACACCAAGGCCUUCCUGGUCAACGGCUACACCUCCAUGGACCUGGUGAAGAAGAUCUGGGAGAUCGAGCUCAUCAACGUCCUGAAGAUCAGCCUGAUCGGCCACAGGAAGCGUAUCCUGGCCUCGCUGGGGGACCGCCUCCACGAAGACACGCCUCAGAAGCCCCCCCGAGCCAUCUCCCUCAGGGAGCCGGGCGGGAGCCACACGCCGCCCCAGCUGAGCCCGUCGGUGGGACCCUACACUGCGGGGGUGCCCGGGGGGUCUCUGGACGUGCAGCACCUCAUCAUGCAGGCGGACGCCCGCCGGCGCCAACGCAGCAGCGAGAACUACUUUGAGGACGUCCCCCGAUCCAAGCUGGAGAGACAGAUGGCCCAAGUCAGCAUGCAAGGGGAGUGGUGCGAGCCAAUCACGUUGCGCCCCCCCAACGAGGCCACCUCCUCCACCCCGGUGCAGUACUGGCAGCACCACCCAGAGAAGCUCAUCUUCCAGUCCUGUGACUACGAGGCCUACUACCUGGGCUCCAUGCUGGUUAAGGAGCUGAGAGGAACAGAGUCGACCCAGGACGCCUGCGCCAAGAUGAGGAAGUCCACGGAGCAGGUGAAGAAGGUUCCCACCAUCGUUCUCUCUGUCUCCUAUAAAGGAGUGAAGUUCAUCGACGCCACCAACAAAAACAUCAUCGCUGAGCACGAGAUCCGGAACAUCUCGUGUGCAGCACAGGACCCUGACGACCUCUCCACCUUUGCCUACAUCACCAAAGACCUCAAGUCCAGCCACCACUACUGCCACGUCUUCACCGCCUUCGACGUGAACCUGGCCUACGAGAUCAUCCUGACGCUGGGCCAGGCCUUCGAGGUGGCCUACCAGCUGGCCCUGCAGGCGCGCAAGACCGGCCACGGCUCCUCCACCCUCCCAGAGAGCUUCGACAGCAAGGGGGGCAAACCCGUACCCAAGCCCCGCGUCAACAUCCGCAAGGCCAUGGAGCAGCCCUCCAUGGACCAGAAGGCCCACGCCAACGUCCCCUGGAUCCUGGAGCCCAGCCAAGAGGCCAAGAGGGGCGUCAACACAAAGUACGAGACCACUAUUUUUUAA